AUGGCAUCGGAGGUUUUGACUACCGCGAUUUACACUGUUCGCCGGAUGAGACUGUUUUGCGUUCGUGAUGUUGAGCUUAAGCAUCCAACAGAAGAAGGCCGUCACCAAGCAAAAGUGUGUAUUUGGUUCCUCUAUACAAUGGAAAUUGAUGAAUCGCUCCGUCAAGGAAUGCCACCGCUAUGCAGUCAUGGAUGGUUCGAUUGGCCUGGUCAGAACAACAGCUCCGAUUUUCUUUACGUCAAAUGCUCCGCAGCGGCUCUUCAGCUAGCUAUUUUCAACAAGCUGUACGGCCUGUCCGCUCUGUCAUGCCGAACGAAGUUGAAAGAUGCGACAUUUACAGAAUGUCGUGGCCUGCUUGACAACUGGUUUCUGGGAUUCGCACCCCAAAAUUCCGAACGCGGAAAUGACAUGAACGUGCCAAGCAAGAGGUUGCGGCAACUCGUGAUGUUUCAUUACCACCGACUCCGCCUUUUCAUCUUCUGUCCUUGGAUUGAUUUACAGAUCGAUGCCUUAUCCAAGGGAGAAUCGAUGCUCAGGGAUCCAGACCAACCACUUCAAGAGUGUGUCUAUUCAGCAAUUACCGUCAUUUCAUCUUGCGACCGGGAAUCAAUUCUCGACCAAAACGGGCGUUUCAAGUAUGGCUAUCUAUGCGAUCCGUCAAACAACAACGACGACGACGACGACGACGACAACAACAACAACAACAACAACUUGCUACAUUCGAAAUCCAAACUGCUUGUGAGCUACAUGACGGACAGCUUGUCUUAUGCGGUAAGUUUCAACAAAAUAACACUUCAACCCGAUGCUUACUUGAUUCUUAGUAAUCACAUCGUCCUUAGUGCUUUCCUUCAGCCCGAAGUGAUAUCGCUCAUCCUUGGGGUCAUCGAUAUGAAGAUGCAGCAACAUACACCAAAGCAGGAUUAA